AUGGCGAUAGGUGCCGCCCCCGGCAGGAAGUUGAGUUUGAAUGACAUCUACAUGUGGAUCAGUGACAUGUUCCCCUACUACAGCAGAUCUGCCAGGGGAUGGAAGAACUCCAUCCGCCAUAACCUGUCCCUCAAUAAAUGCUUCCGGAAGGUUCCUCGACCCCAAAGUGACCCUGGGAAGGGUUCCUAUUGGAUGAUGGACGGCCCCUCAGAGCCCAAUCCGCUGAGAGGAACCAAGCCUCUCCCUUCUUCUGUUCCCGCUCUCUCUGUUCCCCCUCUCUCUGUCCCAUCUCUUUCUGUUGCCCCCACCUACGCCUCGUCACACUCCUGUGAUCCCCUUCUCCGUUUCUCCUUCUCUGAUCUGAACCUGCCAGACCUCUACACCUCCUUCCAGUCCCUCUGCAGAAGCGUCAGGGAGAGAGUGGCCUCGCAAUCGGACGUGGGUCCAUUAUUUGUGUUGACCAAUGACAGUACCCCACUGCACACCCCAACCCUCCCCGCUCUUUCCCCUCACCCUGUACCCUCUGUAGCGCCCGGGCCUCCUCCUGAGGCAGACAGACUGUCUCACAGCAGUGUGGUGCCAGCAGACUGGUUCAGUACUACAGACACUCUGAAGGAGAGCUUUAGGGUCGCCAGCAGUCUGGACUGGGCCAACAUUGACCUCACUAGCCACCCAGACCUCCUGGAGAGCAUGCGCCAGGCCGAGCUCUGUGAUUGGGCGCUGGAGCCGACACUCUUCACUUCGCUCUGUGAUUCAUUGAACCGUUUCUUCACUCAGAAUGGCCUAAUUGGCUCAUCCUCCGGUAACAACUCCCCAUUGGCCCACGGUGCCCCUCAAUCUCUACUCCUCCCACCCCUUACUCAAAACACCCCCACCCUGGCCAGCCUGACCCACCCCUCUCCCCUGGCCUACCCCCCUCUGGUCCCCCCUUCCAGCAGUGGGCAGCCUCCCAGGAGGCCCCUCCACCCCCAAACUCAGGGUGUACAGAGGCCCCACCUGACCCAAACUGAAGCCCUUCAGGCCAAUGCUGGGAUCCAACUUCAACCUAAACCCCGUCCCCCUAUGAAACAUCUCCAUAACAACAGCGAGGAGAUCCAAGAUGACUUUGACUGGGACUCUCUGAUCGCCUGA